UCACAACUCCCUACCCUACUCCUUACAAUCCAUCUCUGGCGCCACCUCCACAACCACCACAAGCCCACCAUCACCUCCUCAAUUUUGGGAUUCGAAGUUUCUUCUUAAAGGCAUAGAAGAGAUUACAAAAUACAAGAGCAAUGGCUACCUUCACAACCACAACUGUUAUGUCCUCUCAAAGCAACAACCUUAGUCUCCACAAACUCAAGAUUAACCCAAAAACACAAUCAAACAUAGUCACAAUUAACGUUGGUGGGCGAAUUUUUCAAACAACAGAUCAAACCCUAGCUCAAGCAGGUCCGAAAUCCCUCCUGUCCCAACUCUCCGAGCUGAAUCAACUCGUUCCCCAUUUCAUCGACCGAGACCCUGAUUUAUUCUCUAUUCUCUUAUCCCUCUUGAGAACCGGAAAUCUCCCCUCAAAGGCCAAGUCUUACGAUCUCAAAGACUUGAUUGAAGAGUCAAAGUUUUACAAGAUUGAGUCUUUAUUAGUCAAUUCUCUCUCGAACCCGUCUCAAUUUGAUCCUUUUAACCUCCAAAAAACCGUAAUUUUACCCUUGAAUAGCCGGGACACGGCGUCAGCGAUUACCGCUACACCGCACGGUUCCUUGCAUGUGUCUCAUGGUAGCAAGAUCACAUCUUUUGAUUGGUCAUUGCAGAACAAGUCAACAGCUUUAACCCAAUUCACUGCAAUUGAUUCCAUGUUAGCGAUUUCCCCAAACUUGGUUGCUGUUGGGGCCACUGAUUUCUCGGGGUUGCAAAUUCUUGAUCUAGAGAAAAAGGGAUUAGUUUUAGAGACAUUGAAUUGGGAAAAUGUGACUAAAUCAGGGUCAACAGUACAAGCAAUUGGGUCAUCUAAUGAUUUGUUGUUUACGAGUUUCGAAUCAAGUAGGCGGAACUCGAAUUCAAUAUUGGUUUAUGAUUUAAAGACUUUAUCGCCAGUUACUGAGAUUGGUCAUUAUGAAAUAUUUGGUGCUGAUUUGGAUUCUGCUAUACCGGCCACGAAAUUGAAGUGGGUAGAGAGUUAUAAUGUGGUAAUGGCAUCGGGGUCUCAUAGUGGACCGUCGGGUGUGUUAGGGAAUGUGAAGUUUUGGGAUAUAAGGAGUGGAUGUGUGGUUUGGGAGUUCAAGGAAAAGGUUGAUUGCUUUUCAGAUAUUACUGUUUCAGAUAAUUUGUCAUCAAUAUUUAAAGUUGGAGUGAAUUCUGGGGAGGUAUUUUAUGCAGAUUUGAGGAAGCUAGGGAGUGAGGGUAUUGAUUCGUGGGUUUGUUUAGGUGAUGAGAGGAAGGUGGGGAAUGUGAGGAAAGAGGGGGUUGGGUGUAAGAUUGAGGCUCAUGGGAAUCAAGUGUUCUGUAGUAGAGGUGGUGAUAUUGAGCUUUGGUCUGAGGUGGUGAUGGAUUCGUCAAAGAAGAGAGAAGAGGGAUUGCCGGAAAGGGUGUUUAGGAAGAAUUUGAUGGGUAGAGUGAAGGAUAUGGCAGGGCCAAGGGUAACUAAUUUGGCUUUUGGAGGGGACAGAAUGUUCGUGACGUGGAAGGAUCAGCAGUCUGUUGAGGUUUGGCAAAGUUCUGUAAUGGGAUCUUGAUUUAAAAAGGGGGCUAGUUUGGCAUUUCUGGAUUAAUUGUAAGACUGCACAUUACUUUUUGAAAGUUGGCAGUAUCUUAUUUAUUUUUUUGUAUAUUAGGGGUUUGUUGUUGUUUUAGAGCUUAGUUUGUUUGAUAGUUGAUAUAUUUGUAAAUGGCCUUGUAUUUUAUCAAGUCUAUAAAUGUUUAUUAAUGAUCAGUUCAAUGAGAUUGGUACGAGGAAA